CAGAACCAGCCUGCCCGGCCUGCCGGCACGCCUGAGGACAGCACCAUCCGUCGCCUCUUGCCUAUAUAACACAAGACAUGUGCACACGACCCUGCAGGGCCAGCUUCCAACACGCAUCCAGCUGCGAGCGAGGAGAUCGAUCGUAGCAGCACAAAUCCAUCUCCUCUUCCUUCCUCUUCCAACAAGGUCGCAGGCAGGAAGGAUGCUGCUGCUGAGGGCGGCGCCCACGGCCUACGCGAAGGUGGACAAGGUGGACGCCGAAGAGGCGCGGCACUGGAAGGCGCAGUUCCUCAUCCACAAGCUGCUCGACGACGGGCGGCGGCCGCCGGCAACGAGGCGGCCGGCGGCUGCAUUCGCGAGGGGCGGCGCGUGCAGGGCGAGGAUCGGCGUGCGGCUGAAGAGGCUCCGGCUCGCCGUCCGGAGCUUCAGGCUCCGGGUCUGCCGGAGCGUGCACAAGCACCUCAGGAACAUCGCCAGGCUCGGCUCUCCUCGUUCUUGAUCGAUCCUGUGAAAGCCUCUUGUUGACUCGAUCGAUCUCGUCUUCUUGUUUCUUUUCUUCUGAAAGAGCUUCUCGCAUCUCGAAGAAAUUAACCAAAUCUGCAUGCCGGCCUGAGAAAUGGCUAACAACAGCAAGCAGAUUUGGUUUUGCCCACUAGUAUGUAAAAUGGAGCAGAUCAGCAAUUCUACCUCCUGCUUCCGGGCUUGUGUUUUAUGCCUUCCUUCCUUUUUCUCUGGAAUCCUGCCUUGUUAGUCACUGACAAGUCGAUGGAAAUCUUCGGUUAUGUAAGUAUGUAUGGUUAAUGGUUUGGCCUGUCUAUGUUUAUAUAGAAAAUCUUUACUCAACCUCCA